CCGGGCUGGCUUUGGGGUCCCCCGGCUGCUGCCAGGGCGGCCGUGGGAAAGGAGGUUGGACUUGGGCUGCCACCAUGUCUAAGGCGGCGGACAGCGGCGGGGCGGCCCCAGCCGAGGACCUGUCCAAGGUGUCCGACGAGGAGCUGCUGAAGUGGAGCAAGGAGGAGCUGAUCCGCAGCCUGCGCAGGGCCGAGGCGGAGAAGAUGAGCGCGAUGCUGGACCACAGCAACCUCAUCCGGGAGGUGAACCGCCGCCUGCAGCUCCACCUCGGCGAGAUCCGCGGCCUCAAGGAUAUCAAUCAGAAGUUGCAAGAAGAUAACCAAGAACUGAGAGACCUUUGCUGUUUUCUGGAUGAUGAUAGGCAGAAAGGCAAGAAGGUAUCACGAGAGUGGCAGAGAUUGGGCAGGUACAGUGCUGGGGUUAUGCACAAAGAGGUUGCCUUAUAUUUACAGAAACUGAAAGAAUUGGAAGUGAGACAAGAAGAAGUGGUUAAAGAAAACAUGGAACUGAGAGAACUGUGUGUUUUGCUGGAUGAAGAGAAAAGUGGUGGAGCAGGCAGCAGGAGUUCCAUUGACAGCCAAAUCAGCCUCUGCCAGCUAAAUGCAACAACUUCUUACAUACGAGAUGUUGGUGAUGGGAGCAGCACCUCUAGCACUGGAAGUACGGACAGUCCAGACCAUCAUAAACACCAUCCAAAUACUAGUCCUGAACAUCUCCAAAAAAGUAGGGGCGAGGGAAGCCCUGAGCAUCAAAAACAUAGGAGUGUUAGCCCAGAGCAUCUCCAAAAACCUAAGAGUUCUGGAAGUCCCGAUCACCAGAAGCAUCUAAAAGGACCAAGUCCAGAACAUCAUAAAAACGUUGGCAAAGCUAGUCCUGAACAGCAAAAGCAUGCCAGUAGUAGUCCAGAAACUCUUCCAAAGCACAUUUUAAGUAGUAGUCCUGAACAUUUUCAAAAACAUAGGCCUAGUAGUAGCCCAGAGCAUCAAAAGCACAGCAGUGGCAGCCCCGAGCAUCUUCAAAAACAUACAUUAAGUGGAAGCACAGAACAUCUCCAGAAAGUGAGGGGGACAAGCCCUGAGCAUCUCAAACAACAUUAUGGGGGGAGUCCGGAGCAUUUCAAACAUCUCAGUGGAGGCAGCAGAGAAGGUACCCUGAGGAGACAAGUAGCAGAUGAUAUGUCACCCCAUCACAGGAGUGUAUACAAUGGAAUGAAUGAUCUCGAAUCACCAAGACCAAAGGCUCUGCAGUCUUAACUAAACAACAGAAGAC